AGCUUUAGCUCCAGCGUCUAGACCACUUCGAUCGUGACAGUAACCAGAUACAGCCCGAGGUGAGCCAAGACUUGCAUGACAGCGACUGCGUUGACCAGCCAUAGCAGUGGUCGCACGCGCGUCUGAUACCAAAGCUAGCAUUAUGCCACGCGAGUGGCGUUGUGGCUUCGUCUGCUCCAGGUGAAGCUUGCAGCAGCUUCGAGCUAUAUGACACGCAGUCGCGAACAGCUCAGAACGCCAAUCUUCUUCACCUGUAUUCUUCUUCAAAAUCCUGCAGAGCUCGAUCACCAUGGGUGCAGCACUUUCCAACGUAAUCAAGUCAAUCGACAGCACAAAUGACUCCGGACAGCAAGCAAUAGAGUCAUUGAGCGCUCUUCGUGCACUGGGUGAGAGUCGGGACGAUGUCGCCUGGGACAAAGCUGAAACACUAGGAGCUGGCGACCAUGCACCUAUACUCAAAAAGUUGAUGCGGUCCCAAUCCAUCGUCACAGAUGCAUCGUCGAGCAACGAUCAGAUUGCCUCCGGCAUCAAGCGCGUGACAGGCAAUACAGUCAAGGGUCAGAUUCUGGAUGGACUCACCGAUAUUAUUGCUAACGCACUAUCUACCGUACUCAACGACUCCGCUCAAGUCUCAUCGAAGCACUUUUACGCUCUCAUCGCAACCAGUUCGGGUGCUUUGCUACGCGUCGAUAUCGAUAUCCACUCAUACAACCUGAGAUCAAAGCGGCUACAACAAUACGCGGAGAACGUGGUCACUUUCACCUCGAUCAUUUCUACCAUCGAUAUGACAUAUUUGACGCUUGCGGACCUGAAAAGCAUUGUGUCGACAACAUACACUAGCUCUCCCGAAGAGCGGCAAAAGGCAAUCUUUGACCUGGUCAAAGCGGCUUGGGAGAAUGAUCUCAAGCUCAACGGUGGCGGGGAUUUGGAUGAUGCAGAGCGCGACAGAUCUCGGGCCUUAAUCAGGCCUAGCGAGUAUGAGAAGCAGGCCGCAAGCCCCGCUGCAUGAAGGUACAGUAUAUGCGGUGCGACGAAGGCUCGGAAACAUUCUGAAACAACGCCACACAAGGCAAAGAUCGAUGCGAUAGCGGUGCCUCCUACUCAAUCAAUUUCUAGCUCGAGGAGAGCAAUACAUGCCUCGAGAAUACGAGCUUACAUUUGCACAAAGCUACAGAGCGAUGGCGACGAAAACGCGACCUCUUCCGUGAACGUCUUUGAUGAAGUCGUCAAGUUCGGUUGCCUGCUUCGCUGGGGUCAGCGGUAGAGGUCGCAGGAGCGCGCAUUGCACUGCCCGCCUCCACACAAGGCUGUAUCUUGCUCCUUCGACCUCGAUUUCUACCAUCCACCACUUUCAACGAGAUGUCAACCA